UCACAGGACACAGCCAUGGAAACCUGGUCAGUUGAUCAGGUCUGCAGUUGGUUGGUGGAGAAAAACUUAGGAGAGCUAGUUCAUAGGUUUCAAGAGGAAGAAGUAAGUGGGGCCGCUCUUCUAGCACUUAAUGAUUGGAUGGUUCAGCAACUGGUAAAGAAAAUUGGGCACCAGGCUGUUCUGAUGGAUUUAAUUAAAAAAUAUAAGCAGGAGAGUCAAAGACUGGAGUCCUUUGGAAGCCCUAGAGAAACAGCCCCUCUUGCUCAAGCAGGAGCAGACCCAGAGGAUGAAGAGUCCCCUAGUCCUGCCAACCGUGGGAAGCAGACACCAUCUUUCUAUGCAGCCAAAAACCUUGAUAAUGGACUAAUUGACCAAAGAGUACUGAAACAGAGAAGGAAUAUGAAACAUGUUCUAGCAAGGAAUAAAGCAUUGCAAUGGACUAAGUCCUAUGUUUUACCAGAGUUUCCCUAUGAUGUCAAAUGCAUGUUAGCAGAACAGAAGUGUCCCGAUCACAGCAUGAGGAUAAGGAUCAUUGAGUUUCUCCAGGCCGACAUGACUAAGUAUCGGGAAGGCUCACUGUAUCCCAGCACCCAGCAGUACAAUGAUGUGGUCAACGCCUUGCUGCAGGCCCACCCUUUCCUGGACGAGGAUGGCUGUGGCUUGUUUUUAUGGAAACGAGCUCUCAAAGAUCGCUUUAAAUAUGUUCGGAGACCCAUAGAAGAUGAUGAACAAGUGAUGAGAAAUAAGUGUAAAUUUGGACACAGAAGAGGCCAGAGGAAGAAAUCUCUUACCGAUAUAAGCUUUGAUGAAGUUAAAAUUGUCCAGAUAAAAGUAAGAUGGGAUAUUUAG